AUGCGAUUUGCACUUGCAUUUUCAGAUGCCAAGUUUGAUAUGAACUUGAUGCGAGAACUAGCUGCAAAUUGGGUGCUCAUGCACGAGCAUCCAUUUACAAUUGUGGAGGAGGAGGGUUUUAACAUGAUGCAAAAAUGUGGUAUGCCACUAUGGGAGAAGAUAAUGCGUACUGCUUUGAAACAACAUUGUAAGCUUGAGUACAUGGUUGUCACCGGACAUUUUAUUGAUAAUGAUUGGAAGUUUCAGAAGCGUGUGCUCAAUUUUGUUCAUAUACCGGCUCCUCGGCAUAGUGUUGAGAUUGCUGCUACUAUUCAUAAGUGUUUAAUUGAAUGGGAAAUUGAGAACAAGGUGUUCAGUAUCUUGGUUGACAAUGCUUCAAGUAAUGACGUGACAAUCAAGAUUUUGAGGGAGAAUUUAGGAAGAAACAAGAAGCUAAUGAGUGGUGGGAGGUUGUUUCAUAUGCGGUGCGCGGCACACAUAUUGAAUCUCAUGGUUCAGGAUGGGCUUUCCCAGAUUAAGCCCAUCAUUCAAGACAUAGUGACUGUGUAUGUCAAGCAAUCAAAGACCAGAGCAAUUAUGUUUGUAGAGAUUGUUCAGAUGUUGCAGUUGCCUAAACAGAAACUCAUACUUGAUUGCAAAAAGAGGUGGAAUUCUACUUAUCAGAUGUUGACACUUGCAAUUCAGUAUAGAGAUGUGUUUCCAAUGUUAGUUCAAUUGGAUAAUAACUUUACUUUUACCCUAACAAAUGAAGAUUGGGAAAAACUUAAGAAAGUGUGUGAGAUUUAG